AUGAGCCUGGGGCCGAGCCUGAUCGUGCCGGUGGUGUUGUGGGGCCGGCACCCGCCCACCCACCGGAUCUCGUGCGUCUACCUGACGCCCGACCAGAGGACGCUCGUCACAGGAUGCGCCGACGGCCAGAUCGUCACCUGGGAUGUGCACCCGAGCACGCUGGAGGUGAACCCCUACAUGAUGCUGGUGGGCCACACAGCUCGAAUCGUCUGUCUCAGUAACGGCCUGCUGCACACUAAUCACAGAUACCUGGUCUCCGCCGCCCUGAACGGGUUGAGAGAGAUGUGCGUAUGGGAUCUACACGAGGGCCAGUGCAUGGAGACUGUGAAAAUGUCUUUCAUUCACCGGCAGAUCGAGGCCUACCAGCCAACGCACGCGCCCGACGUGCUGCUCUUCUGCUGCGGCGAGUACGCCGACAUCGCCGUGGUGCACCCGCUCACGCUCGAGGUCGUCUACUGGCUGUCGUCCAAGGUCAACUCCAACUGGGUCACUUCGCUACACAUCUUCAAGCCGAAGGCGGUGGCAGACGACAUCGUCAUGGCGAUUAACGCGGACAGCGUGGUGAAGAUCUGGACGCUCAGCCGCAUGGAGGGCAAGUGCUCCAGCGACAUCGUGUACGAGAACGAGAGCAAGCGGAUCAGGUCCAGCGGCGUGAACUUCCUCAAGUGCUGCUCGUACAACCCGCGCACCGUGCUCGUGGUGUCCUCCAGCAUGUGGCAGAUCUACGACGCGUCCGACUUCUCGGUGCUGUGCUCGUCGUCGGGUGACGAGGGCGAGCGGUGGCAGCGCGGCGAGUUCCUCACCGCCGACCGGGUCAUCGUGUGGGCCGACUCCGGCCACGCCUUCAUCUACAGGCUGCCGCCCAAAAAACUGCGAGGAAAGGCAGUUAGCUGCAUCCCGACGCACGAGGCAUUCCACUCGCGGGAGGCCGACGAGCCGUUCCUUCUAUGCGUGCUGUCGUCACCCGGCGAGCAGGAGCUGUUUAGCCCGCCCGUCAGUAUACACACGGAGCUGCACGGCGAGGCCAACAUUCAGCUGUUGGUGCGCGGUGACUGUCUGGGUCAGCUGGCCAUCUGGCGCGUGCCUCGCGUCACCAACAACCAGCUGGCGCAGCUGCUGCAGCAGCAGCUGUACCGGCCGCCAGAGAUGCCGCCGACGGUGCUGUGGAGCAUCGAGAGGGCGUGGCAGUCGAUGAAGCCUCCUCCCGUCGGUGUCCUGGACCAGCUGGAGUCGGCGGACGGCUCGGCGCCGCUGCUGACGUCCAGCAUCUACCUGCCGCUGCAGGAGGGCCGGCUGGUGUGCGGCCGCGAAGACGGCACCAUCAUCAUCGUCUCGGCUACGCACACCGUCAUGCUCCACCUGCUGCACGGCAAACACCAGAGCUACGACAACUGGCCGAUCCACCAGAUCCUGUCGGGCCACCGGGGCCGCGUGACAGCUCUGCUGUUCCCGCACCUGAGCCACAGCCGGUACCAGAUCUCCCAGCUGGUAUCGGGCGGCGAGGACUUCUCCGUCUGCCUGUGGGACCUGUUCAGCGGUGCUCUGCUGCACCGCUUCGUCGUGCAGGCCGGCAUCAUCUCCCAGCUGCACGUGCCACCAGAGACCGUGUCGCCCCGCAUGCAGCAGUGCAUCUGCAGCGUGGCCGACGACUACUCGGUGGCGCUGCUGUCGCUGAAGGAGCGCAAGUGCCUGAUGCUGGCCUCGCGCCACCUCUUCCCCAUCGCCACGGUCAAGUGGCGGCCUCUGGACGACUUUCUCGUGGUGUCGACCGAAGACGGGAGCGUCUCCGUGUGGCAGAUGGAGACGGGUCACCUGGACCGCGUGGUGCACGGCACCACCGCCCAGGAGGUGCUGUCAGCCUGCGACGAGAACAUGACGGUCUCCAUCAGCGAGGGCGGCAUGGCCAACCCGGCCGUGCACUUCUUCCGCGGGCUGCGACAUCGCAACUUGUCGGCAAUACGGCACGCCGCCAAGCGAGGCCUGCAGCAGCUGCAGAACAACGCCGACAGCCUGCCGGGCCAGCACGAGUCCGGCAAGCCGCGCUCGUACGCGCUGAUGGUGCAGGGCCUGCGCACCAACGCCGCCGACCCCGACCGGCACGUGCUCUUCUUCGACGUCGAGUCGCUGAUCGUGGACCUGCUCACGGAGGCCUACAGUCAGAUGUCGACCGAGGCGCUGGAGGAGCACGGCCUCAUCCAGCUGACCGAGUACCAGCGCGUGCUGGAGCUGACCCGCUCCGAGUCGCCGGACGCGCAGCAGAAGAUCUCAGAGUUUUUCGGCCGUGUGAAGCACAAGGCCGGUGACGUGGAGAAGCGCCUCAAGGAGAAGGACACGCGCGGGUACCUGUCGAGGAUGAAGGAGCUGAAGGAACAGAGCGAAGCCAUCAGGGAUCAUCUCAAGGAGAGGGCUGAGGGAAGCGAGGACCUGAAGCGGCUGCGCACGCGGGCGCAGGGCGUGCGCUGCCGGCUCGAGGAGCGCAUUCACCGCGAGAUGGAGGAGAACCCGGACGCAGUCGGCCUGCUGGCGCGUGUGAAGGAGGGCGCCGAGACCAUGGGCGGCAUCAUCCAGGCCAAGGCGGGAGGAGCCGGCCUGAAGGGCACCGGCGAGAACCGCAAGGACUCGGAUGGCGACGUGGAGGGCCGCGGCAAGGUGCAGCUUGGCCAGACGGACAACCAGACCAUGGAGAUCUGCCAGAUGCUGCUGUCGCUGGUGCACGCCUGGGGUGUCGACGCCGAGAUCGACCGGCUGUGCGAGACCAAGCUGGGCAUGUUGCGGCCCAAGCACCCCGUCUGCUACGGCCUCAUCAGCAAGCACGGGUUUGUGUCGCUGCUGCUGCCGACGUUCCUCGGCGGUCCCGGCUCGGCGGCGAUGGCGGCGCCGCUGGCCGAGCGUACCGUCACCUUCACGCGCCGCACGCACUGGGAGCUGAGCAGCGCGCUCACCACCACCCACCUGCUGUCCGUCAUCGCGCUGGCCGACACGCUCAUGUCGAUGAACAACACCAGCUUCGUGCCCGAGCCGGAGCGGCGCAAGCGGCUGCAAAAGCAACUGACGAGAUCGCAUAGUCAGACGAACCAGACGCUCGGAAAGUCACAGGACGGCCUGCUGGAGCUGCAGGCCAACUUCUGGGCGCAAGUCCGAGAGGGCUGGAGCAAGAUCGCGACACUACACUGCGUCCAGUUCCCUGAGCGCAUGGAGUCUUCAGGUGUAGCGCUCAAGAAGCCGCUCGUGGAAAUUUUGGCCAGGAGGUGGCAGGACCGAUGCAUUGAGAUCCGGCAGGCGGCGCAGGCCCUGCUCCUGGCGGAGCUGCACCGCCUCUCGCCGCGCAACCUGAAGGCGCUGGUCGACUGGUGGGCGCCGCUGCUGCCCUCGUACGCCGACCAGCCGUCGGUGGUGCCGCCGCAGCACGCGCCUGACGAGCACGAGCCCGCCGACGGCGAGCCCGACGACUACGUCGAGGACCAGAUGGAGGAGGAGGCGGCGCGGCGGGCGGCGGCCAACGCGGCCGAGGCGCGCCGCAAGCAGGCCACGGCCAUCAUCCUUCUGGGCGUGAUCGGCGCCGAGUUCGGCCAGGAGGUGUCCGGCGGCCGGGCGCACGGCGUCGAGGGCUUCGGCCUGGGUCCGCUGGCGCUGCACACCACCAGUGGGAGCCGCACAUCGACGCCUUCGCGGUGCUGCUGGGCCAUGCUGGAGCUCUGCUGCGAGGCUGACAGCAUGGCGCCGAGCAUGAGCUACGGCCUGCCGCUGGCGGCGGCGGCCGACACGGCGCGGACGGCGCGCCACGCUGUCGCCCUCAUCGCCACCGCCCGGCCGCAGGUGUUCGUCACCACCAUGGCGCGAGAGGUGGCACGCUACAACAGUCUGCAGCAGAACGCGCAGUCUCUGAACGUGGUGGUGCACCACUCGGUGCUGAUGCGCGCCAAGCCGGAGAUCCUGCGGGUCGUCCAGCUGCUCAUCGAGAAGAACCACAUGGAGCUGGUCCGGUUCCUGAUCGAGGUGCGCGCGUGGAGCGCCGGUCCGCGCGGCUGA